AUGUUUCGAGCAGGAUCAUCAAAAAGAUUUCUACGAAAUUCAUUAAUAGCAUUUUCAUGGGUUCCGGUACUUCUAACAAUCAAUAAUAAUGUGGUGCAUAUUGCACAAAUUAAAGGUACCUCUAUGCAGCCUACGCUGAACCCGCAAACGGAGACGCUGGCAACAGAUUGGGUGCUGCUUUGGAAGUUUGGGGUUAAGAACCCAAGUAAUUUAUCGAGAGAUGACGUUAUCCUUUUUAAGGCUCCUACAAACCCUCGGAAAGUUUACUGCAAAAGAGUGAAAGGCCUACCGUUUGAUACCAUCGAAACAAAGUUCCCAUACCCUAAACCUCAAGUGAACCUACCCAGGGGACACAUAUGGGUCGAAGGAGACAAUUUUUUCCAUUCGAUUGAUAGCAAUACGUUCGGUCCUAUUUCCAGUGGGUUGAUUGUAGGGAAAGCUAUUACAAUCGUUUGGCCGCCUUCCAGGUGGGGGUCAGACCUCAAACUGAGUACUGGGAGAAAUUGCAUUAGCAAAAGAGCCAUUUUAGAAUGA